CACCCGCCGUCAUGCCCCAGGCCGCGGGGCUCACGCUCCUGCUGCCGCUGCUGGGCCUCGCCGCUGCCACUGUCGCGGACUGUCCUUCAUCCACCUGGGUUCAGUUCCAAGACAGUUGUUACAUUUUUCUCCAAGAAGCCAUCAAAGUACAAAGCAUAGAAGAUGUCAGAAACCAGUGUACCAACCAUGGAGCAGACAUGAUAAGCAUACAUAAUGAAGAAGAAAAUGCUUUUAUACUGGAUACUUUGAAAAAGCAAUGGAAAGGCCCGGAUGAUAUCCUACUAGGCAUGUUUUAUGACACAGAUGAUGCGAGUUUCAAGUGGUUUGAUAAUUCAGAUAUGACAUUUGAUAAGUGGACAGACCAAGAAGAUGGUGAGGAUCUAGUUGACACUUGUGCUUUUCUGCACACCAAGACAGGUGAAUGGAAAAAAGGAAAUUGUGAAGUUUCUUCUGUGGAAGGAACACUUUGUAAAGCAGCUAUCCCAUAUAAAAAGAAAUAUUUAUCAGAUAAUCACAUUUUAAUAUCAGCUUUGGUGAUUGCCAGCACAGUAAUUUUGACAGUUUUGGGAAUAAUCAUUUGGUUCCUGUACAAAAGAAAUUCUGCUUCUGGCUUCACCACAGUUUUUUCAACUGCAUCCCAAUCGCCUUAUGACGACGACUGUGUUUUGGUAGAUGAAGAAAAUGAAUAUGCUGUUCAAUUUGACUAGUUCUUGGUAAUCUCAGACUAGACAUUAAAUGCCUUGACAGCAAUUCCUUUGCAAGACUUUAAUAU